CCCCGACUCCUCAGGGUCUGAGAAUCUUCAUCAACCAGGAAAAAGAGAAGGAAAAUUGUAGUGGAGUUGCGAGUAUCAGCCGAUCAUGUUAAAUCCCUAAUAAUUCUACUAUCAAAUCCUCACAUCACCUCCAAAUUAUCUUCGUAAAUCAACCGGGAAACCGCUCAAGACGUCAAGGAAUCAUGCUACUCUCCUCUGUGAAAAGCUUUGCUUAUUUAGGUAGAAAUUAAGUAGAACCAGAGAAAAAGCCCUCCACUGUGAAACCCUAGAGAGCGAAUUCGACAAGGGAGUGCUUGUUCUCUGAAGGAGCGGAGUUGGGGUUUUGUUUUUUUCACUAUCCCCCUCUCAAGUUUAGACUGCUUGGCGACGCCAUGAGUCCUAUUCAGAAUUUUGAGCAACAUUCUAGCCAUUUAGCGGAGCUUGACCUCCCAAUUCAGACAAGGCUACAGAUGACAAUGGAGGUACGUGAUGGUCUUGAGAUUGCCCACAGAGCUGAGUACUUGAAUUUCCUUAAGUGCUACUUCCAGGCAUUCUCAGUCAUUCUUUUGCAAAUUACAAAGCCACAGUUUAUAGAUAAUCCUGAGCACAAGCUUCGGAACUUUGUUGUUGAAAUCCUCAAUCGUCUCCCUCACAGUGAAGUUAUACGCCCCUUUGUUCAGGACCUCUUAAGGGUUGCCUCUUUGUCAAGAUAAGAGAACAAGCGAAGGCUUAUCUGGAGAUGAAGGGAGAGCUUACAAGUGGUCUCAAUUUGAUCAACAGCACUAACUUGGAAUAUUCACCUCGACCUCUCCCGAAAAACGUCACGUAACCUUUGGACAUGACCCACCGACCCAUAUAUAGUGAGACUCUGAUACCAAAUGAUAUAAACUUGCCUAACUUCAUCUUAAAAGCUAACUUAUAAGGGGAGUUUUGCAAACCCAUAUAUAUAACACCCAAGACCUCCCUGCAAAAUCGAUGUGGAACUUCUCCCAAAGAACGUUGGGGAACCUUUGUACAUGGCCUUUGUACAUGGCUCACCGAGCCAUACAUAGUGAGCUCUGAUACCAAAAAUGAUAUGAAUCUGCAUAACUCCACCUCAAAAGUUAGCUCACAAGGGAAGGGAAGGUUUGCAAACUCAUAUAUAUAGCACCCAAGAACUCCCUGCAGAAUCGAUGUGGGACGCAUCAGGAGGGAUUUUUUGUUAAAACUAAGUGACUCUGAGGGUGCUAAUCUUGCAUAUUCUAAUGCCCUCAGUAUUUUUAAAAAUUUGCCAAAAGGAUGGAUAAGCUGGGGAAACUAUUGUGAUAUGGCUUUCAGAGAAAACCAUGAUGAGAUUUGGCUGGAACAUGCUGUUAGUUGCUUUCUUCAAGGUAUGAAAUUUGGUGUUUCCAAUUCCAGAAGCCAUCUAGCUCAGGUUCUGUAUCUUCUGAGUUUUGAUACUCCCAAUGAGCCCGUGGGGAGGGCACUUGAUAAAUACUUGAACCAAAUACCCCACUGGGUUUGGCUUUCUUGGAUUCCACAACUAUUUCUUUCCUUGCAGAGGGUAGAGGCACCCCACUGCAAACUUGUUUUGUUGAAAAUUGCCACUGUAUAUCCACAGGCUUUGUAUUACUGGCUUCGUACAUAUUUGUUUGAGCGUCAAGAUGUUGCAAAUAAAUCUGAACUAGGCAGACUAGCAAUGGCUCAGCAAAGAAUGCAGCAAAAUGUGUCUGGGUCUGGUUCUCUUGGAAUAUCUGAUGGAAUGCAAGGGUACAGAGUCAUAGUGGUUCCACUUUAACCGGAGACAAUCCAGUUCACCAAGGCCCUCAAUCUAGUAGUGGGAUUGGGUCUCACAGUGGUGGAAACUCUCAUGGGCAGGAACCUGAAAGGUCUACAGGCACAACAGUUGAGAGCAGUGUCCAUGCAGGGAAUGACCGACCUUUGCAACAAAAUUCUUCAACUAUCAAUGAAAGUGGUCAGAAUGCAUUAAGGCGUGGUCGUCUGGGAUUUGUUGCUUCAGCUGCCAGUGCUUGUGAUGCUGCAAAGGACAUAAUUGAGGCUCUUAGAAGCAAACACGAUAAUUUGGCUAGUGAACUUGAUGUGAUGAUUGCCAUACUAGAUUUCGUUCUGCGAUCAAGAUUCUUGUAUAUGUUAUGCUUGUAUACUUUUGACAGGGAACAAAAGCUAAAAAAAAAAAAAAUGAUUAGUGUAUUCUUUUUCGCUCUGUUGGUUUGAUACUUGCAACUAUGUCCUGUUGGUGUUUGAUUAUAUAAGAUAGGGGAGAAUGGCUUUUAAAGUCAUGUUUUAUUUUC